UGAAUCAGCACCAGAUUUUGGGCUCGAACAAUAGUUUAUUUAUUUCCAUGGCUCUGGUUUAUUUUAUCUAGGCGUGAUGCUCCAGACCUGUUACACGUGACUCGCGCUUUGUUACAGACUCCACCUCUUUCGCGUGAACGCGCUAUAAACCGAAUUAGAAAAUCCAGGGUUAACAAAGCUCGUCGAUAUCAAGCUUCAUGACACCGACCGUUUUUUCCUUGGUUCCGUCGCUUAAACCGUUAUUGAUAACGUGAAGCGUCUCGCAACUGACUGCAGCAUCGAUUAAACUCGGGUUUAUUUCGUCUCACCUCUGUGGGUUACGAUUUGAUUACUAAAUCUAGCAUUGAAACAUCUCGGAUAACUGCGCGUACCCGCUCCGCCAUUAAGGGGAAAUCAAUCGAACGCCGAAACCCGGAUGUCACUACAGUUCAUGAACACAGACGGAGAUUUCCGGAUGAUGAAAAAACAUGAGAGGGCACAUUUUUUCAGCUCUAAAGAGCAGGAACUCAUUUUGAAGUUGUAUGAAGAAGAAAGAGAGAUAUUGACUGCCAAAUCCAACACCACAAGCGCCUCAAAACUCAGAGAGGAAGCCUGGCAGAGAAUUGCUGAUAAAAUCAAUGCGGUAUCGGACAGUGGCUACAAAAGGACAUGGCAGCAAGUUAAAGUCAAACACAAAAAUAUAGUGCAAACAGCAAAAAGAAGAAGGGUGGAGCUAAUGAGGAAUGAUGGGGGGUCAGCAACUCCGUCACUGACCUCUGCUGAGGAGGAUGUGCUGCAGCACAAAGACAACAGGCUUAGAGUGGAGGUCCUGCCUGGGGGUGCCUGCAUUGAGCCACUGCCUGGAUCUGACAGCUCUUUUAUUAGUGUGUCAGGCCACCCUGUACUCCUCCUGCCUGUAACAAAAACUGAACCAGAGAGCUUGAGCGGUGAUGAGACGGAUGUCAGUGAUACACAUUUUGAAGGGGAUGUGCACAGUAGCAUUCUGCAGGAAAGGUCAGAUUCAGCAUGUGCUACAACCGGUGGCAGAAAUCCAGAGAGGCAGACAGAAGACAUAAAGGCCCUUUACUGUCGCUACCUCAAAAAGGAGAUAGAGAACCGCGACCAACAGAUGGCGUACAGAGAACUAAAAAUGAGGAAGCUGGAAAAAGAAAUCUUAUUACUUGAUAAGCAGCUACUGUGACCAUGUGAAAAAUGAUUGUGUUUUUAUCUUAGUAUUAUUAUAAAUUAAAACAAAAUUUGAUUUACUUAGGUCAGACAAUUGUAAUAAAUCGCUUUAGUUACAUUGUA